UUGCACCGAGCCAAUGGCGAAGGCAGAAUAAGGUGGCACCAAAUUCCCCUUGGCCAAUGGCGCGCUGGGGCGCACAGAGACAUCAUUAGCAUUUCCCCGGCGGCGGCGGCGGCGGGCGGCGGCAGCGGCGACGGCGGUUGCGGCGGCUGCAUCCCCGGCUCUAUCCCCGGUCCGGGCCCCGGCCCUCUCCACGCCCCGGUGCUCUGUCUCCUCCCCUCGCCCGCCCUCUUGCACCCUCCACGCCGGGCAGCUGCUGCCAACGGACCCUGCUACGCACUUUGGCCCGAGUUGGCAGCGGAUAAAAGGGGUCUGAGGAAAUCCAGGACAGGGACCCCGGGCGGCAGCUAGGGCCUUUAAAUCCUCACGACCGGAGAGGCUAGAGCAGAACGCGUCUGGUUUUUGGACGCGGAGAGAGCUAGCUAGAAAGGCGAGAGCCGCCCAGAGCUGCGAGCGAUAAAACAAACGAUCGAACAAUCGGUCGAACGAGCAGGGCACACGGCCCGAAUCCGAGCGCAAAGCGGCGGCGGCGGCGGAGCAGCCUUGCGGGACGGGGCGGGAAGGUGCCGGGGUGGAGGGGUGGCCUGCGUUCGCGAGAAGCCGAAUCCUGAGCCCAAGGGCCCACUCUCCCUCGGCAGCUCCAGCCCAAGGAGAGCGAGUCCUGCUCCCGAGGAACCCAGAUGCCAGCCCACUUGCUACAGGAGGAGAUCAAAUUGUACUCCUGCCACUAUACCGGACCCUCCCUCCCACCACCACCACCAAGACCACGCGUUAUCUCUCUGUACAACGGUGCUGGCCUCUUCCUUAGCUGAGGGUUUGGGCCUCAGCCACCGAGGAACUCCCGGUUUUAGGAUCUCCCCCUCCUACACCAUGACGACCACAACCACCAUCACAGCCCCUUCCUCGAGGGCCCUGCAGAAUGGAGCAGCCAAGGCAGCGUCAAAAGCAUCUAUUAAGGAGGACGAAGAGGGGAUCAACCAUGAGGUGCGGGAUGAUAUGUUCGACCCCACUUACCGAGAGAAGGAAGGCCCUAAACCCAAAUUCAUCUACGUCUGGAGGAAUAUCAUCCUGAUGAGCAUGCUUCAUUUGGGAGCCCUGUACGGGAUCUUCCUGGUGCCUUCCUCCCAUAUCUACACCCUGAUGUUCACAUUUGGGUACUACCUGAUUAGCGCCCUGGGAAUCACUGCUGGAGCCCACCGCCUCUGGAGUCACAGAACCUACAAGGCACGCCUGCCCCUCCGAGUCUUUCUGACGAUCGCUAACACCAUGGCCUUCCAGAAUGACAUUUUUGAGUGGGCCCGGGACCACCGUGUCCAUCAUAAGUUCUCUGAGACAGAUGCUGAUCCCCAUAAUGCCCAGCGUGGGUUUUUCUUCUCCCAUGUGGGCUGGCUGCUAGUGCGAAAACACCCAGAUGUCAUCGAGAAGGGCCGUUUGCUUGACCUGUCCGAUCUGAAAGCUGAGAAGCUGGUGAUGUUUCAAAGGAGAUACUACAAGCCCGGCAUCCUCCUCAUGUGCUUCGUUCUCCCCACAUUUGUCCCCUGGUACUUCUGGGGUGAGAAUUUUGCUCACAGCCUGUAUGUUGCCACUCUCCUGCGUUAUGCCGUCGUGCUCAAUGCCACCUGGCUGGUGAACAGCGCUGCUCAUAUGUAUGGCAGCCGGCCCUAUGAUAAAAACAUCAACCCCCGGGAGAACAUGCUGGUGGCCCUUGGAGCUGUAGGUGAAGGCUUCCACAACUACCAUCACACCUUCCCAUACGAUUAUUCUGCCAGUGAGUACCGCUGGCACAUCAACUUUACCACCUUCUUCAUCGACUGCAUGUGUCUCCUGGGCUUGGCCUACGACCGAAAGAAAGUCUCCAAGGCCACCAUCCUUGCCAGAUGCUCCAGAACUGGUGAAGGGAGCUCGAAGAGCGGCUGAGGCCUCCUGCCCCGCCCCCCACCAAGCCAGCUGGGCAGAGGUCUAAUGUUCUCUUUAUUAACUACUGAAUAAUGCUACCAGAUGCUAAAGAUGAUGAUUUUUUUUUAACCCAUUCCAAUACAGUAUUCCUUUACAAUGCAAAUGUAUUGAAAGCCAACAACUCUGCCUUUGUGAAUGCUGAGAUGAUCUUGCUUUUCCUCAUCCUCCUCUUUCCUUCUGAUCACCUUUCCUUUCUCUUCUUUCCCCUCCCACCUUCACUGCCUCCUAAGCAAGCAGCUGGUGGGCCCUGGGCUGGCUCUUUCUCUGUAGUGUCACUGUUGGUGGCCUCUUCUUUCCCCUCAGUGAUUCUCUUCCUUCUGGCCCUCCCUAAGCCGGGGGCGGGGGGGGGGGGUGUCAAGACUACUUUUCCAGCUCUUUCAGGCCAAGCCUCAUUCCCUACCAGCUGGAGUGAAGGAGGGUCAUUCUUCUUAGCUGCUGUUUCCUCCUGGAAACCCAGGCAGGGGGAAGGGAAGUAGCAUGCCUACUAUGAUUGGGGAGGGGGGUAUGAGAAAAAAGGACAAGUUCUCUGCCAGCCAUCCUGCUAGCCCGCUCCUCAACCAAGUGGGCUUGCUGUCUGGCCCUGCAGCCUGGGAAAUUUGGGCUGCAGGGAUGCUAAACCAUAAAGAGAUGCUUCUGUAAAGCUUAGGGCAAGGAGACAUCAAGCACACCCCGACAACUGAGGGGCAAGAAGUCUAGUUCCUCGUGAAAUUGGCCUGACCUGGGGAGAGAUUGAGGGAAAAGUUAAGGAAACAAUAACGCAUUGGAAAAGUAAAACCAACCAACCUCAACGUCCCUGUCCCCCCAUUCUCCAUCCAGGAAUUUUGGGAGAAGAGGAGGAAGAAUGAGGGUGAUGGUUCCCCUGCCCCUCACUGCUGAGCAAGAGCCCAAGAGGCUGGGGGCACGGCUUAGAAACACGUCAAGUCUGAAGGGUCCAAGAUCCAUCCUCUCCCUAUAGAAAAUGGAUUAGAUACCAAUUGUAGGUGGAUCCAUGGGGGGUCCCUUCUGCAGCCUACACUACCCUGUCAAUCUUUUCCCACUGUUCUCUCCUACCUUCCAAAACCUAAAACUUGUCUGGGGAGGCACAGUCGGGAUUUGGGGGCUAACCCUUGGCUUCACCUAGUCUUCCUAACCUCUUCCCCCUCCUGUCUCUGGGCAGGCAGCAGCAGCCUUGGCUGGAAUUGCUCAGGGCCAGGGAGCUCCACUGGUUUUUCCUUCUGUAAUAUGGCUGCCCGCUUCCCUCACUGCCCCACUAUCCUGUUGACUCAAGGCACAGCUGGCAAACCUGCUGGGGAACAUCCCUAGGUCAGAUGGAAACUCAGCUAAGCCCCAACUAAACGUCAGUGUCAUCCCAGUGAGCCAGCCACUGGGGAGGGAGGAAACUUUUUUUUUUAUUCUUUUUCCUCUCAUCCUCAGCAUGCUGGGUGUUCCAUGUUACCUGUGCAAGCCAAGCCCAGGGCUGCUGAGUGGCAGAGGGCUUCUGGCUGGUUUAGGGGGCUACUGAGUGGGCUCUCUUGAUUGGAAGGGAAAUCACUGGAAGAUCUUACUUACUCUUCCUUCUUGCCUGCCAGAGCUGCUGUAAUGGUCACACUCGACCAGUUUUUGGCCCAGCUGGCUUAAGGGAAUGGUGGGAAUGUUCCCACCACCUAGCCAGGGAGAUGGGUGGAGGAAAACCCACCACUGGGCUUUGAGGGAUCUCAAAGCACCUUCUCCUGCUCUCCCUUGGCUUUGCUGCUGUCUUACUGAGAGUGCCAGCCCCAUGGUUGGGGUAGGGGUGGGAGAGGGCAGCAUGCUUUCUGUCUGGGUUUUAAGAAUAAACAGGCCUGGGUGGAAGGUUCAGACUGGUUUGGAAACCCAGCCUUCUGAGCUGUUCAUCCCAAUAGGAAAGAAAUAGCUAGAAAUAUCCAUGUGUAGUUUAGAUCCGCUGGCCUGUGUGGGCCUACCCUUAAGAGAGGUCUGUUGGGAAUGUUAAUCCCACAGGACAUCACAAAAUAAACACAAUGAAAACAGCUUGUCUCUUCUAACAGUGUUCAAUGGAGACCCAUCCUCUGACCCUGCACGAGGCCAGAUGGAGUCCUGGCAUCUGUCUUGACUGUCAGGGGAAGGGAUACUAUGAGAAGAUGACAAAGCUCAAAGUAAAGAAACCUAUUUAAAAACAAACAAUUCAAAACGGACUCAGGACCGCCGGAGCCUGAAUUUCCAUUACUCCUUGCUCUGUGGGCAGGCUAACAAAUUCCUCUGGGUGCCUUCUGUGGGCUCUCAUCAGUACUGAGGGUGAGUCUGCCUCCGCUCCCCUCCUUACUGCUUUCUCUACAGCCUCUCUGAGCAGAGAGAGCAGCUGGUGGGAGAGCCGAGACCCAGACCCAGCAGGAGAACUGACAAUUUGUAGGACUGCAUUUCUGUGCUUCAGUUUGGAGGGAAAAAAAAAUGUUUGUUGUUUUUGUUUUUUUCUCUGGGGGCUUUCUUGUUAAGUGGCCCGCAGGGGGGCGGGUGCAAGUAAUUUGAAUGUAUUCGAUUUAGGUGUUGUUUGCUUUUUGUUUUGUUUUGUUUUAGAUUAAAGGAUGGUUGCAGCAUUUAAAAUAGAAACUUUCCCCUUGGUUUUGCUUGUAUCCUGAAGUUCAGCUCACACAAGCCAGAGUAAGAAAUUGAAGGAAAUAAGAUGGACGAGUUAACUGUAGUGGUUUAGGGAGAGAGGCUCCCCUCCGAGCUCUGCCGCCGACUUCCUGUGUAACUCUGGGCAAGUCACUUAACUAUUCUGUGCCUCAGUUUCCCUGUCUGUUAAAAAUAGGGAUAAUAAUACUGACCUACCUCACAGGGCAGUUGUGAGGCGGGACUAAUGUUUGUAAAGCACCUUGGAAUCCUUCGGCUGAGGAAGCUUCCUACAAGAUGCCAUGGACCUCUAGGAGCCUGGCUCAGGGUAGAGAUGGAGUGGCUGAGCUGAGCAUGUUGGGAAGGGGGUGGAUGGUGGAGGGAGGUGAAGCUGGAGAGCUCAGCAACUCUGUUGCUAUGGAAACAUGAGCAGGAUACCUUUUCCUGGGUUGGGAAUUUUUUUCCUUUAUUUUGGAUCGUAGUAUCUGUGACCUGCGAAGAAUAAUUUUGGAAUAAUUUCUAUUAAUAUUGACUCUGAAGUCAUUUACUGAUCUGAGAUUGUGUUUGUUCAUAAUAAAAGUGAAGUGAAUCUGAA